UUGAUAGUCCUGCCCGGAAGUGCCUGAUGACAACAACAGUAGCUAGCAUGUAGCAGGGCGCACAAUCUUCUAUUUAUUUUUGGAAAUGCGGCAUCGGUGUCGCCACAAUGGCGUCCAGCUGACUGUCAUGUUGUAGUCACGUCGUUCCGGUUAACGUUACAGCACAGAGACGUUUGAGAUCGUUGUUUUUCUGUAAACAAACGAAUGCUAGCACAUUAGCUUGUUAGCUGGAGUUAUGUAGCAGCUAACUGGAAGCUGGAGGUACAGGCUGACUACAGGCUGGAAACGUGAAAAACACCAAGCAGGUGUCACUUCCCAGCUGAGGCCAUGGCCGACGACCCUCAGAGAAAUUUUCGCUCUGCUUAUUAUGAGAAGGUGGGCUUCAGAGGGGUGGAGGAGAAGAAAUCACUGGAAAUACUGUUAAAGGACAAUCCUCUGGAUCUAGAAAAGCUGAGCACCUUCAGUCAGAGGUUCCCCCUCCCCUCCAUGUAUAGGAUCCAUGUGUGGAAGGUCCUGCUGGGCAUCCUGCCGCCCCACAGCGACUCGCACAAUCUGGUCGGAGGCUACAGGAAGGAGCAGUACCAGGACAUCCUGGAGGCUCUGGAGGUCAUGAGAUACAUCAACGCCGCCACACCCUCCACCCACGUCUACCUGCGCAUGUUCCAGCUGGAGAGCCAGGUGCUCCCACGGUGCUCUGAGACUACAGCCCCGGAUGAAGAAAACGAGGACUUUCUCUCCAUCAGCAGAGCCAUGGAGGAGAUCGUAGAUGAUCCUAUCGACUGCUACUGGCUGAUCAAAUGUUUUGUCAACCAGUUCCACACAAAGUUCGGAGACUCGCUGCCACAUCUUCCAAAGAGCCUGGAGCACUAUCUGAGUCAGGAGGAACCUCGACUGCUGAACCAUCUGAAGAACACCGGAGCCCUGGCUCAGCUGCCAUACGGCCUCUGGUUCAGACGCUGCUUCGCUGGCUGCCUGCCCGAAUCCAGCCUGCAGAGGGUUUGGGACAAGGUGAUCAGCGGCUCCUGUAAGAUUCUGGUGUUUGUUGCUCUGGAGAUUCUGCUGAGCUACAAGAUCAUGUUGAUGGGCAUCAACCGUCCUGAAGGCGUGGUCAAGUUCUUGUGCAAUAUACCGCAGGAAAACACAGACGCUAUAGUGACUAAAGCUAUCGACUUGUGGCAUAAAUAUUGUGGCACCCCGAUGCACGCUGUAUAGCCACAUGGAGCCCCAGACACUGCCGAAAUCUGGACCCCAGAGUUGAGACGCUUUCCCAGAAUCCACCAGGACUCGCUCUUAACUCCGCCGAGAGACUAACAGGCUGUGGCGUUCACUGUCCGUGGGGCUUUGUCUCCGCCUGACUGAACCAAAAACUCAUCAUGGGCUGCUGUUGAUAAGCUGCGGGACUUGGGAACCACUUUCCAUAUUGACCAGUCAAUUUCCAGCUUUCCCCCAAAGACGGACUGUACAGGGGAGGGUUGGAGCUGGCAUACGUCAACACUGAAAAUGACUACGGUACAGAGAGGGUGUUGAAGGAGAACACAGAAGCAUGCUGUGUGAAUGUCUGCACAAAACCUGUUUGGAAAAAGACAAUAAAGCAUAAACUUAU